UAUAAACUCUCCUCUUACAUCUGAUUCUCGUUUGAUAGACUUGUGUGAAGUCUUGGGUAUAAGUAGCAAAGGGAGUUCAGAAGACCUUGUUAAUACUUUGAAUGAGCUGGUUCUGUUUAAGGAUGUAUGCCCUAAGAUGUACAAAAGCAUAAAACAUUGCGGUGGAGGGAUUGUACAUUUUCGUUGCCCACAUGGGAUAUGCUAUUAUAUGAAAUAUCUUCUAAGACAGGAAAGUGCUAGAGAUUAUAUUGACGGAAUAUUGUCCCUGAAGAGACAACCUCAUGCUAUAAUAUCUGACAUUGCUUCCCAAGUAGCCCAUCAUGGCGAGGCUAGAAAAAGGGGUAUUUUUGGGCCUGAUAAAGGAAUGCUGUUUGCAUAUACUGACAAAAAUCUUGAAUUGGAAAAACAUGGCUCUCUACCACAGGUUAAACUGGAUGCUCAUAAAAAAUACAGCCUCUGUGAUAGGUUCCAUACAAGAUCGAAGAAAAAGACCGCAGAAAAUUCAUUUCGCAACUUGAAGUACUGCUCUGAUUUGAACAUAAAUACCAGUGUGGCAGAGCAGGAAAAUGCUCACAUGGCAAAAGAUAGAUCUUCAGUUUGCUCUAUGGACACUACCAAUUUCCUUUGGCUUUCGCGAGUUAGCAUUAACCUGCGUAAUAAAGACAUAAACUCAAGAUAUGAAAAAAAAAUGAAGACUCAAUUUGGAAAUAAAAUUCGGAGGGAUCAUGAAGGAAUUGCUAUACCAGAUGUUAAAGGUAACGUUUUGGAUGGAACCAGUGGAUCGGUCACAGAGGAAGAAUUACUCAUCGACGAAGAUGAUGAAGCUAUGAAUGAGGUAGUUGCCAACCCUGAAGACAAUGUGUACUCUGAAAAUAUACAGAGUGGAAUGACUACUGGAACAGUGUCACAAUAUCAAGAAGAUCAGACAUUUUGUUCAGCAAAAAUGAAAUCAACUUCAUGCAGUGAUGGUAAUAUUUAUGACUCCGAGAAUAAAGAUAGUGAUGAAUCAAGAAAAUGUCUUUUUCUGCCUGCCAAAUUUAAUGACAUACAGAAAUUAUGGAAGUCAACUCAUAGGAAUAGGAUUGAGUGUGUAGUUGGAGAUACAAAGAAAGGGCUAGACAAGGAGUGUAUGUGCCUUCUUGAGGGUGACAGCUAUCUUGAUGAUAAAAUAAUAGAUGGAAUAAUUGCAGCUCUUUGUCAUAAGUGGACCAGUCAUACUCAAUAUAGCGCUCUGUCUGCAUUAUAUUCCACAAUGUGGUUUUGGGAGGGGAUUUAUCGUCGAAAGUACAAAAGUUUGGCCAAGUUGACUAUUGAAAAACCAACUAUGAGUGCUGUGAACCAUGGCAAUCACUGGACUCUAAUGAUUACAGAUCCAUCUCAAGGGAGUGUCACUAUUUAUGACCCUGUUGGCCAUGAAGAGAGUUAUGCUGAAACGCUGAUGGAGAAUUGGAGGAAAUUUUGGAAAUACCAUGGAGGUGACAAAAGAGAUUGGAGACUGUUAACAAACAAGCAUAGUGAACAAGAAGAUGGGUUUAAUUGUGGAAUUUUGGUUGUGAAGGCUGCCGAAGCAAUCUUAACAGGUUGUACAACGGAUUUCAAUCAUUCGACAGGCAUCUGUAAAGUCUACAGAAUCCAUUUUGGAGACCUUCUGUUGGAAGCCACAGAUGUUGAUGAGCUGGCACACUUUUGUGUGGGCUGUAAUGGCAGGACUGCCCCUGAUGGUGGCACACUUUGGGUCGAAUGUGAUGGAUGCGAAAGGUGGUGCCACCAAUAUUGCGCAGAUUUUGCGGGUAACGAAGAGUUUUUCUGUGAACACUGCACAUAAAACUUAAGUUUUUGUGUAAUUUUCUUUAAUAAAAUUUAAUAACAUGCA